AAAGAACUUGCAGCCCCAGCUUCGACUACUUUGCCUGAAGAAAUUCCAAAUUCUAACAAGAGCUCUGAUAGCAAUAUGGAAUUAGAUUCCUCUUCUUCUACUAUAUCUACAGAUGUCAAAAUUAAUGAAACAACAACAGAUUCAAACAAUAUGAUGGAAGAGCCUAGCUCCAACUCUACUGAACAAAAGGAAAUUCCUUUUACUACAGUAAUGCCAAGAAAAUAUAAAGGCAAAAACCCUAAGAAGAACAGACUAGACGGGCUCACAUAUGAAUUUUUUAAAGACACUAAAGAAAUUAUUGUGCCAAAACUGACAGAUUUGUUCAACAAUAUUCUGGAGACUAGAGAAAUUCUAUCAUCUUGGAGUAAAAGUCUUAAUUUGUCAGAACUAGUUAACCCCAUAUGCAACGAUUUAAUUGGUCCAGCACAACAGGCUUUCAUAUCUGGAAGAUCAAUUACUAAUACAGCAAUAGAUAUCAUCACAGUUAUGAGAAACCAAAGUGACCAGACUAAACAGCACUGGCUUCUCCUCUUGGACCAACAAAAAGCCUUUGACAGAGUCAAUCAUAACUUCAUCCAAAUAGUUCUGGAAAAAAUGAACUUUGACCAAAGGUUUAUAAACAUAAUCAGCUCUCUCUUCACUACACAAAAAGCACAUAUCAUUGACUCUGGAAUGAUCUCUGAGCCUUUUAGAGUGGAACGAGGAAUAGCGGCCUAUGCAGAUGAUCUCUCAAUAGGAAUUAGUUCUCCAUCUGAUUGGUCCAAACUUCUAGAGAUACUAACAAAAUAUGAAAGGGCCUCAAAUGCUGUCAUCAAUAAGGCUAAGUCUACUCUAAUCCCACUAACGAACAUUGCCCGAAGAGUCGAAUUACCUAACCAGAACAUGUUUAAGCUCCCUAGUGAAGACCAAGAUUCUUUUACUAUCCUGGGUUAUACUGUAGAUAUAGAAGGACAUCCGGCAAAGACUCUUUG